UUCCCUUGCCUGUUUUCUCAAACUUUAAUCCUUCAAGAUGAGUGGCUUUGCAGCAGAAGAAAGGAGCAGCGGUGAAACGAAAUACAAAGGAGUGCGUCGUCGAAGAUGGGGCAAAUGGGUGUCCGAAAUCCGAGUCCCAGGCAGCCAAGAACGUCUUUGGUUAGGCUCUUAUUCAACCCCGGAAGCUGCUGCAAUCGCCCAUGACCUUGCUUUCUAUUGCCUGCGUAGACCAUCUUCCUUGACUGCUCUGAACUUUCCCUCCAUGUUACCUCCUUAUGUCAGUCCAAACAUGUCCCCCAAGUCUAUCCAGAGAGCAGCAUCGGAUGCUGGCAUGGCUGUGGAUGCCGCACACAUGAUCCGCCAAGAAACCAGGGCAACUGGAAACGUUAUGAGUGUGGAUAUGGGCGUGGAGACUGAGCCCUGGGACAACGAACACCGUAGCAGUUGCGGUUCCUGGGAAAAACAAGGGGAGCCUUUGAGCAUUUCUGUUGAUGAUUAUCUCUACUUUUGAAACAUCUCCAUAUUCCAUCUGCCAUUGUCUUACAUGCAAGAUAAUUUUGUAUAUACAAACUAUAAAGUACCAUGAUUAGGGUGGGGUUUGCACUGCAAUUUCUUGUAUUGCGAUUACAGUUGUAUCAAAACUCAAAUUUUAUUAGAAAGACAUUCAAAUCCCUUCUCUUACUCCAAAGCCAAAUCCACCUUGAUUACUGCACUUGUAUCUGUAGUUGAGUUAUAUAGUCAAUAUCAAUUCAUAAGUAUUAGGUUUGAUUGUAUGAUUUGGUUAAACAGUGUGAAACCUUUGGAAUUCAAAUCCUUUUCAUGAGAUCA